AUGGGCACAGCAGCCACACGCAAACGCAAGCGGAGGCGGUCGGGCUCGAGGCUGGGCUCGGGCUCGCGCUCGGGCUCGGGCUCGGGCUCGGGCUCGGGCUUGGGCAAGCGGCGGAAGCGAGCCAAGACCAAGGCCAAGGAGGAGGAGGAUGAGGAGGAGGAGGCGGGGAGAGAGGGGGUGACCGAAAGCGGAAAGGGAAGACAUGGCGGUGGCAACGCAGUGACUGGUGGUGAGACUGGGACGGGAGCGCCGCCGGCAGGGACGGAGUCGGGGUCGGGGUCGGGGUCGUCGUCUCUGGCCGAGUUUCGGUCGCGUGCCAAGGGCGGGCAUGGGGACAGCAGACAGAGUGGAGGAAGGGGAGUGGCGGAUGCCGGGGCAGAUGUUGGGAGCGGCGGCGGCGGUGGUGGGAGCGGAGGCAUGCUGUCUGCGGGCGGGAAGCAGCUCUCGUUGCUCGAGGAGACAGUUCAUCUGCGGCGGGCGGGAAAGCUGAAGGAGCUGACCAAGGAGGAGCUGGAGGCCGAGGAGGAGCGCAAGCUGGUGGAGGCGUUUGCAUCGACCAAGGCACUUGUGUCUGCGGCUGAGCUGGCGGAGGGCGGGCGGACGGUGCAGCCGCUGCCGACGACGUGGCGGCCGCCGCGGUGGGCGCAGGAGCGCGGGCCGGAGGUGUACGAGGCGCUGCGCACCAAGUACAACAUCGAAAUCAAAGGUGAAGAUGUGCCAAAGUGCCUGACGACGUUUGAGGCGAUGAAGCUUCCGCCGGCGAUUGUCAAGCAUCUGGUAGGCAAAUCGAUUCUCAAGCCGACGCCUAUCCAGAUGCAGGGCCUGCCGACGAUUCUCUCUGGGCGCGACAUGAUCGGGAUCUCGUACACUGGGUCUGGCAAGACGCUUGUUUUCACGCUUCCACUCGUGCUUGUGGCACUGGAGGAGGAGCUGCGGAUGCCGCUGAUGCCGGGUGAGGGGCCUGUGGGGGUGGUGCUCUCUCCGUCGCGCGAGCUCGCGCGACAGACGCACCAGAUUGCGUGCGACCUGGCGGCAGCGCUGCACGCGGAUGGCGGGCCCAAGCUGCGGAUGGCACUGUGUAUGGGUGGCGUGCCGGUGAAGCCGGCGUUGGAGAUGGUGGACGAGGGCGUGCACGCUGUUGUGGCGACGCCUGGGCGUCUGCUGGACAUGCUCAAGAAGGAGCAGUUUUCUCUGCGGCUUGUGCGGUACAUGUGUCUGGAUGAGGCCGAUCGGCUCAUAUCGGAUGGGUUUGAGGAGGACAUGCGCGACAUUCUCUCGUUCACCGGCAAGGCACCGCGUCAAACGGUCCUGUUCUCUGCAACAAUGGCGCAGUCGAUCAAGGAGUUUGGUGCGACGGCGCUGGUUUCGCCGGUGGUGGUGACUGUGGGGCGAGCCGGAGCAGCGUCGCUGGACAUUAUUAUUGAGGUUGAGUACGUGGCGACGGAGGAGGAGAAGAUGUCGUACGUGGUCAACUCGGUUCUGGACAAGACGGAACCACCGGUGAUUGUGUUCUCAUCGUCGUCGUCUGUUGUCGAUGCGCUCCUCGAGUACAUGAUGAUCAAGGGUGUGGCGGCGACAGCGAUCCACGGCGGGCUUUCACAGUCUGAACGGCUGCAAGCGAUGGACGACUUUAAGAACGGCAAGGCCGACGUGCUCAUCGCGUCGGACGUGGCGGCCAAAGGUAUCGACUUUCCGCACAUUGCGCACGUCAUCUGCGUCGACUUGCCUAAAGAGUUUGAGAUGCUCCCACAUCGGCUCGGACGGACAGGCCGUGCCGGCAACGUGGGCGUGGCGUCGGUUCUCAUCACGCCUCGCGACGACCCGAUCAUGCUCUCAGACUUGCGGGCCAUGCUCAUCGAGGCCAAGCAGCGCGUUCCGCCGUACCUCCUCCGCGAUGCAACGGCGUCGGCAUCGGCCACCGAGGCUUGUCCCAUGUGUGGCGGACUCGGCCACCGCAUUGCCGACUGUCCACUUGUCACACAGCGGGCUCGAACCAACGCCCGCUCGCGGAUGCGGCGUGGCGACGAGCAUCGCGUGGGCGACUAUUGA